GCCUGCCGCUGGUUGCACCCCGCGCCGGCCGCUUGCGGUACAAGCCCAAACACCUCAGCGCCGCACCGCUGGCAGGCUGGUUGGCGGUCGCCGCGCCGCCUGCUGGCCCCGCAUCCCCUCACGGUUCUACCUCUUCUUGGGCGCGUGUUCAUUCUUUUUGAAACGCGGCCGAGCUAUGCCCUGGGCCUCCAGGCUCUGGCGCCAGGUGCCGUUAAGUCGAGGCGCUCCGCUGCGUCUGUAAUUUUUGAAGCUUAAAU